AUGGCAGGCAAGACAAAGCAGCAUUGGACUUAUGAGGAGACAACCUGCCUCCUUGCGUUGUGGUCUUCAGCCGAAGUCCAAACUAAGAUUGAUGGAGUUUGGAAGACUAAGGCUGUCUUUGAGAAGAUCCAGCGAGUGAUGGCGUCAGCUGGUUUUGAGAGAACAAUCGAACAGAUUUCUAACAAGUUAAAAAAACUUAGAAAAGACUUCAGGGACCAGAGGAAGGACAUUGGGCUAACAGGCAAUGGUCAGACACGCAGAAACCCUCAUUUUAAGGUCCUAGCCUCUGUCCUCAGGCCAGCAUGCCAGAUGACGGUGACGAAUACUUUGGAGACCAUGGUGGAGGACAAAACCACUAAACCACAGGCGUCCUCUGUUACUGAAAUGGCUGCCAUGAGCAUGCACAAUGUCGCUGAAGUCAUGAUGCCUCCACGAGACUGCAGCUCUCCUGCACCGUCUAGCAGCAGCUCUGGAUCUACAUGUGGCUCAUUACGAAAGGCCAGAAGGGGAAAGAGGAAACGUGAUAACGAGGAGGAGUUGCUGCAGUAUCUGGAGCGAGCAGAUGAAAAGUUCCUGCAGCACAGUAAAGAAAUGAAUGAUGCUCUACUGGACAGGAUGAAAUCAGAUACCAGUGCUUUGCUUGGACUCAUGAACCGCAUGGUAGCCGUGAUGGAGGGCCAACCAAAACAAGGGACCACGUUUCCAUACCCACUUCCACACAAAAAAAGGAUUUACACUCCUGGUAACUUCGGAACCUUCGGAAAUGAGAAAUGAAGCCAAAGCGGAAGUGCUAAAGACUGUAACACAAAGAACUGGUUUCAGUUUAGGUACUGACUCUGAACUUUACUAAUGAGUGUCUUUGGGUAGGUCGUUGAACCCCCAAU